AUGUCGUCUCUACCAGCAGCGCGGCGGGUGAGCCAAGCUCAAUCUCAAUCUCGGCCUCGAUCCCGGUCUCGAUCUCAAGUACGACAAGUACAAUCACAACCUCAACCUCAACCACCACCACGGAAACUCUCUCAACCAUUCGACAUCGACACCUACCUCAACCCAUACAUCCCCCGCAACCCAUUACAUCUCUUCCCAACAUGGAUAUCCUACUGGUUCGGCUACCGACGCCCUCUCAAAGCCGGAUCAAAACCAAAACCACUCUCAGCACACCGCCACCGAUUCCAAACCCUAUCAACAUGGACAUCCGUCUUCAUCGGCGCCUUCUGCGGCGUAGCCAUCAUCGAAAACGUGUUUCUAGCCAUGCCCCCACUCUCAGGCCACGCGGUACCCAUCAUCAUUGCAUCCUUCGGCGCCGCCGCGAUUCUAGAAUACAACACGAUCGAAUCACCCCUCGCCCAGCCGCGGAACUUGGUAGUCGGACAUUUUUUAUCUGCCGUGGUCGCCGUGGCAAUUACAAAGUUGUUUCUGUUGUUACCGACAUACCAGCGAUUCGAUCAUCUCAGAUGGCUCGCUGGCGCCCUUGCCGUCGGAGCCGCCAGCGUGCUGAUGAGUUUUACCAAGACCGUCCAUCCCCCCGCUGGAGCUACGGCGUUAUUAGCGGCGACGAAUGUCGAAAUUCAGGAAUUGGGUUGGUGGUUGUUGCCUUUGGUUCUGUUGGCGGCUAUGCUCAUGUUGGCGAGUGCUUUGGUGUUGAAUAAUGUCGCGGGGAGGAGGUUUCCGAUUUAUUGGUGGACGCCAGUGGACCUCAAAAAGUUGAGGGUAGAGAGACGGCACGAGCGGGAGCGAGAGCGAGCACAUGAGAAGAAUGGUGACGGCGGAGAAGUAAAGAAGCAGGGACUCGGAGCUGGAGUUGACAAUCUCGAUCCGGAGAAAGGUGUCGUUGCGCCAAAGUCUUCGUCGACUUCUUCUUCUUCGACGUCGUUGCAAAAGAAUGAGAGUGGUGGCCAUGACAGGAAUGGUGGCGCCGGGAACGACGAGGACGACCUUCGAAGGACAGAAACUCAAGCGACAAUGACCCGCCGCCUCAGUCGGGUUGUGUCUUAUUCUUCCGCAAGCAGGGUUCCCCACCGCUUGACUUUUGAUUCGGAAGAGGAACUAGAGCGCCAAUUGAGUAGUCAGGACGGAGUGGUUACGAGAACGAGGACGAGAACUACUUCGAGAUCGCGGCACCCGGGGUCUGAAGAACAGGAACAGGAACAGGAACAACAAGAAGGCGGGGGUGGCGAGACUACGGGACAGCAGCCCGCCGAGGAAGAUAUCGAGGAAGGCGUCCAAGAUGACGACGACGAAUCCGCCAGAAUCAUCAUCACCCGAUCCCGCAUCAUCGUGCCCGAUUGGCUUGAACUGAAUGAUUACGAAGAUGAGAUUUUGCGCAUUCUCAUGGAGAGGUUGAGGGAUGGAUGA